ACUCCUGACCGCAGGUGAUCCAGCUGUCUCGGCCUCCCAAAGUGCUGUGAUUACAAGCAUGAGCCACCUUGCCAGCCUGGUGGUUGACUUUAUAAAUAACUGCAUGGGCAGAUGGCUUCAAACCUGUUUGCUCAUCCAUGAAAUGGGGGUCCCACUAAGAAAACCAUGUGAAAAUUCUUGGAGGGAGACCAGAGCUGGGGGCAUGCGGCGGGACCCUUCCUCCCUACCCACCCCCCAACCAGCCCGUGAGCCUGGAACCUCCACACCCCUUUCAGAGGCAGCUGGAGGAUCAGCAGCCUCCCCCGGACUGAACACACACAAAGAGCCCAGGGGCACCUGGCCACUCCCCGCCCAGGGGAAGGAAGAAAAAGUUAGAAAGAAGUUACUAAGUUACUGGUAACUGCUAGUCUUUGGGGGUGGGGUUUCCAACCCUUCCUCCCCAUCCACCAGUGGGGCUGGAGGGCAAAGGACUCCUACAAGGAGGGGAAGCAGGGUAGCCCCCCAAUUCCCUGGCGGUGUGUACAGGGGGGUGUGAGGCACAUCUUUGGGUGUCCCCCCACCUGUGUCCCUCUGGCCCCCAGCACAGCCAGAGGCCAUGCAGGCCCUUGGGAGGUGCAUUAAUGGGGCACCAAGCCCCCCUGUGACAAUAGGGAACCUCCCACAGCCUGCUCCUCCCUCUUCACACCCACUUGGAAGUAAAAGGAGGGUCGGCCAGCCCAGACUCCCAGGCUCCGGAGAGGGGAAGGAAGGGGCAGCAGAGAGGGACAGAAGGCGGGAGCGUGGGCCAGGCAGGGUUUCUUGUCGCUGUGUCUCCCAGCUAUGGGGACCUUUGACCUGUGGACAGAUUACCUGGGUUUGGCAGGCCUGGUUAGGGCUCUGAGUGGGAAAGAGGGGCCUGAGACUAGGCUGAACCCCCAGCCAGAGCCAGAGGAGCCAGUGCCAGAGCCGGUGCCAACACCAGGACCCCAGGAGGAGAAGCACUGCCUGGAGCCCUCGCCAGCUCCCGAACGCCUGUGUUCUUUCUGCAAACACAACGGGGAGUCCCGGGCCAUCUACCUGUCCCACGUGCUGAAGGACGAGGCUGGCAGGGUGCUGUGUCCCAUCCUGCGGGACUACGUGUGCCCCCAGUGUGGCGCCACGCGUGAGCGCGCCCACACCCGACGCUUCUGCCCGCUCACCGGCCAGGGCUACACCUCCGUCUACAGCCACACAACCCGAAACUCGGCGGGCAAGAAGCUGGUCCGGCCUGACAAGGCGAAGACACAGGACUCAGGCCACCGCCGAGGAGGAGGAGCAGGUUUCAGAGGUGCCGGGAAGUCUGAGCCUUCGCCCUCCUCCGGCUCUCCUUCCAUGUCCACCUAGGAGGCCGGUGCGGGGAGGCCGCCUACACCGGGGGAAGGGCACCUGGCCUCUGCUGAAUUUCCAGGAAGAUCACCUUAGGAGGACCGUCCCUACUCCCAGACCCUUCCCCCAGUUUGGGCUUGAUCCCUGGGACGCAGGUGCUGUCUGGGGUUGGCGAAGGAACAGCUGAAAUCGCCCCGCCCUUUCUGCCAUGGUGUGUUCUGCCCACAGCUGCCAUCUCCUGGACGCUGGGCAGCCAGUCAGCACUCAAUAAAUGCUUAUUUAUG